UUCCUGUGUCGUCCAUGUUGUGUCGUGCGACUUGACACCUGGAGGAAGAAGGAGCCAAGGCUCCGACAGUGAAGCAGCCGCUCGGUGUCACCUGCGAGGCGUCGCGGCGCAAUGUUCACCGCCCGCGGUCGCGUCGUGUGUCGUCUCCGCGUGGAAGUAGCUUAGCUUAGCUUAGCCGGACCGAGGCUAGCUAGCCAGCUAGCAUGAGCCCGGGCCUUUGUUUACCUCCAGUCCCGGUGAUGACGGGCCCGGAGAGGCGCGGGAGCUAACCCGGCUACCAGAGCUGUUCGACGGGGGACAGUCUCAUCCUUCAGCCCCGGGAGGGGGCGAAGCUCCCGGCCGCUGCCGCCUGAGGCGGGUGAGCUCCGCGAGAUGGACGUGUCCGCUCAGGACCCGCCUCUCUUGGCUCUGGACCUGUCGAAGAGCUACAAGCCUCUGACCCGCGGCCACGCCGAGGCCAUGGACCUGGCCAAGAAGCCCGAGUGGUACCACUGCCGGCCGCCGCCGAGCUGCGGCACAGACAUCGCCUCCGCGUACAGAUCCUCGCCGACCUUCACCGCUCUCUCCACGCAGCCCGGGGCUCCCGUCCACCGCAGGGACCUGGAUCAGGGCCCAGAGGCCUUAGGUAACUUCAUGAAUUCCACUCUGGCUCCGGGGCUGGAUCUGUACCGCGACGGAGUUCACGGCAACCUGUGGCAUCCGGGUUUCUACGGGCCCGACCAGAGCGGCGGCGGCGGCCCGGUCCCCGAGAGCAGCGGCGGCGAGGAGAGCGACAGCGGCUCCGACGUCAUCUUCCUCGUCUCCUCGGCGAAGGAGCCGCUCUUGUGCGGCCCGUUCCUCCAGGAUGGCGUGAGGCACAUCGUGGAGCCCCUGUCGCCGGCCGUGUCCUCGCCGGACGACGGGCGAGGCUGCUGUCACCUGCCUCAGCCGCUGAGCUCGCCAAGUCCCGAGAGCUCGUACUCCGACGACUCCUCCGACAGCUCCGUGGACAUUCCCGUCCACCAUGCCCGGCCCGUCGUCCUGCUCUCGGACCUCGGCGCCGUCUACGGCAACGCCGCGGAAUCUCCCGUCGAUAUUUCCAGCGACGACAGCGACGUGAUCGAAGUGUCAGUCUCUAACGAAAAGAAGAGCAGCCGCACUCCUCCUGGUAGGAAGAGUCUGCUGAGAGAAACUCCACCUCAGGUUCCGGCUAAAGAAAUACGACGGAGCAGCCGAAUCCGAAAGUCUCUGUCCGACACGCCGCAGUUCACCGGCAGCGUGUCGCGGCACAGUUUGAGGCGACAGGUGAAAAACGACGCCGUGGGAAUGUACAACGAAAGCUGUGACUCCGACGACGUGAUGGCGUUUGUGGUGAGGUCGUCCAGCCCAGACGCAGAGGAGCCGGUCUCGCGGCCCGACGCGUCGCAAAGAGCGAGGAGCAAUUCGGACGAGUCCGACGUGGAGGUCGGGACAGAGAGCGAACCGCCGCCUCGCACCAAGCGAAAGACGCCGCUCGCCGUCCACAAGACGAAACAGCUAAGACGGACCAAACCGAACCAGAAACAGCAGAACCAAAGGGCCGCGUCGUCCAGAAACAAAAAGCCCGUCGUGAGGCGAAAGAGAAAGAGACGAACUCACACGGGACCUUCCGCUCUGUUUUCCCCCCGAGAGCCGGAGAUCAAACUGAAAUAUGCAAAACUCAAAGAGCAGAAGAAGGAGAAGAAAUCCACGGACGGUUUCUUCCCCUUCGUCCACGUGGAGCGCCGGAUGUGCACCGUCGUCAACGACCGCGAGGAGGAGGCCGGCGUGCGGAGCGGCCGCGGAGGACGAGGGCGGCACGCGGCAACCUCUCUGUCCGGAUUUGUCCCCAGGACGUCCUGUUUCCGGCCGGGUCGCCUCGCCUCGGAGAGCCGGUGUCAGGCCACGCUGUCGUGCCGCCUGUGCGGUCAGACGGCCAACGCCACGGGGCUCGGGGACCUGCACGGCCCCUACUAUCCCGCCGCGGACGGCCAUCGCAGCAGGACCGAGCACGGACUCGCCAAAAGCCAGAAGUCAAUAUAUUCCUCAGACGGAGGUCGUGACGGUCGUGACGGUCGUGAUCGCUCUCCUGCCGUCGGCGCCUCUCUCCCGAAGCCGCCUCUUCACGUGGACGAGUGCUGGGUCCACGAGGACUGCGGCAUCUGGUCGGCCGGCGUCUUCCUCGUCAGGGGGAAGCUGUACGGGCUGGAGGAGGCGGCGCGGCUCGCACAGGAAACGGUUUGUUCGACGUGUCGACAACCAGGUGCGAUAAUGGGCUGUUUCCAGAAGAGCUGCUCCCGAAACUAUCACUACAGAUGUGCCAUUCAGUCAGGCUGCGUCCUAAAUGAAGAGAACUUCUCCAUGAGAUGUACAGAGCAUAAGCUGAUGUGUGUUUGUGUCCGACAGAACAAACUGUUCACAAGUGUCACCAGACAACAUAAGAGAUGACGCGAGAAUCACGCAAAAGGCUCCGGAGGAUACGACGAGACGCCGCCUGACGUUCACCACCUGGUUUUAAGUCUCUCGACUGACGAGUGAACUCAAGCGGAAGGAAAAAAAAGUCAUCUGGUGAGAUUUCACUCGUCGUGACGGACGGAUCGAAAACCGGGUUCGAAACGGGAACGAAACAAGAUCCAACAAGGAUCGAACCGAGAUCGAUCCAGGAUCAAAACGUUAUCCAACCGGGAUGGAACAAGGAUCAAACCGGGAUGGAACCGGGAUCAAACCGGGAUGGAACCGGGAUCAAACCGGGAUGGAACCGGGAGCAAACCGGGAUGGAACCGGGAUCAAACCGGGAUGGAACCGGGAGCAAACCGGGUUGGAACCAGGAUCAAAUCGGAAUGGAGCCGGGAUCGAACCAGGAUCAAAACGUAAUCAAACCGGGGUCGAACCAGAAACGAAAAGAGAUCCAACAUGGAUGGAACCAGGAUUGAAACGUAAUUCAACAGGGAUGGAACCAGGAUCAAACCGGGAUGGAACCAGGAUCAAAUCGGAAUGGAACCAGGAUCAAACCGGGAUCGAACCAGAAACGAAAAGAGAUCCAACAGGGAUGGAACAAGGAUUGAAACGUAAUCCAACAGGGAUGGAACAAGGAUUGAAACGUAAUCCAACAGGGAUGGAACCAGGAUCAAACCGGGAUGGAACCAGGAUCAAACCGGGAUGGAACCGGGAUCAAAUCGGAAUGGAACCGGGAUCGAACCAGGAUCAAAACGUAAUCAAACCGGGAUGGAACCAGAAACGAAAAGAGAUCCAACAUGGAUGGAACCAGGAUCGAAACGUAAUCCAACAGGGAUGGAACAAGGAUCAAACCGGGAUGGAACCAGGAGCAAACCGGGUUGGAACCAGGAUCAAAUCGGAAUGGAGCCGGGAUCGAACCAGGAUCAAAACGUAAUCAAACCGGGGUCGAACCAGAAACGAAAAGAGAUCAAACCGGGAUGGAACCAGGAUCAAACCGGGAUGGAACCAGAAACGAAAAGAGAUCCAGCUGGGAUCGAACCAGGGUCCACGAGGAUUUUCAUAAGAAGCAUCUUCGUUCUGUUUCUGUUCCUUCGUAAAUCUUUUAACACAGACAGUUAAACUAACUGGAUUGAGGAAAGAUGGUGUGUGUGUGUGUGUGUGUGUGUGUGUGUGUGUUUAUUCUUGAACAUCCUCGUCACAAAUACAGUUUAUUAUUUGAAGUUAAAAUUAUAUUAGAGCUUUAAUUAACUUAAUUCAUUUAUUGUAUAAUUUAUAAUAUUAUCUUCAUAUGAGGCCACUUCUUUGUACUUUUCUAUCACUGUCAGUGCUUCAGUCAUCACAUCAUUUAUUUUAGUCACGACUGACGUUCGCACUUUAUAUGUACGAUUUUGUGUUUAACAGAUUCGCCCUACUGCGAUACCAAUAUCUGAAAUGUCCCCGAUGCUGCUGAAAAUGCCCGAUCGGGUGUCGGCGAUUUUGCUCAAAUCAAUGUACCGACCCGAUUCCACGUCUGUAAAGUAGAAAACUUCACUUCCAUCAUGAGAUAUCUCCAGAUUGCUGACAUCUUCACCGUUAGCUUUUGCUAGCGCUACACUACAGUGUACCCUAUGCUAAAGGACAUAGGAAAGAACUGAAGCACCUUUCCUAAACAUUUAAGAGAAUCCAGACAGGUCCUAUCAUGGCUGCCCAUGCAACACCAGAGCUGGCCAAGAUGUUAGCACUUCUGCAAAUAUUUCACACUGGAAAGUUCCGUUUUUUUCUCUAGUAAGUCUCCGUAUCGCCACAAAACAACAAUCAGCUAUACAUCGUCGUGAUACUUUUCGCUAGCUUUUGCUAACUGCUGUUUUGGAGCGACGACGGAGAAAAAGUGAUUUCCGGAAGUGUCGCGUUAGCCAGAGCUAGCAAAGAUAUUAGCAAUUGUCAAUAUUUUGUGCAGGAAAAGCGAUGAUUUUUUUCUGAGGUUAGUCUGAAUCUCUCACAAUAACAGUACAAAAAUAUUAAUGUCUCUUUUCGGAAAUCGGUAUCGCGAAAGGAAAAAGUGUUUCGGAACAAAUCUAUUUAUUUACGUCUAUUCGUCGAAGAUGUUUUUCCGUUUCCACUACAAUUAUUUUAAAUUAUAAAGCUGCACUAAGAUUUAUUUUUUAUAAAAAAAUAUAGAAUUACAAAACACUAACUGGGAUCACAAACGUCAGCGAGCAUUCGGCCCAGUGUCAGGUUUUGUGUCAAAGCCGAUAUAUUUUCAUCUUGUGUCAUGUUCUCUUAUGAAAAGUUAUGAAAGUUCAAAGGUCAUUUCAGCCAAAUCGCAAAACAAAAAUCAAGUCAGUCGGAUUUUUUUUUGUUUUACGUUUGAAACUAAAAGUCGAGCUCACGUGAAGAUGUGGCUCAUUUUCUGUUUUAUACUUUUUGUAAAUGUAAUAUUUUUAUGAUAUUACGUAGUUUUAAACCGUCGGUCGGAGUGAUGGUGAUUGACAAAACAACAAUCUUAAAACUUUUACAUUUUCCCAUAGGGCCAGUGGACGAUCAUCAGCAAAUCAAACUAUGAUUAAUUACAUAACUUGAUCGGUCCGUUGAUUCUUUGUGAUUUGCGUGAAUUGGCCCUUUUUGGAGCUGAAGUGGCCUCGUGUAGCUUUAACGAUUCAUCUCCGUAUGAUCUGUUGUAUGAUUUAGUUUUCAUGGAUCACGACUGGACGAACGACAAAUGGACACAGUGUUUUUACAAAAAGAACGAGUUUAAGUAAAUUGUCCCGAAUGUUGAUUUCACGCCUGCACUUUACAUUGUCUGAGGCAUAAAAAGAUGAAUUGUUAUUUAAUAAAAGUGUUUUUGUCCUGAAGUAGAA